AUGACCGACAAUCUGAAUGCGACUGUCCGAGAGAUCGCUGCGCUCACCAAGCUUGUUUUCCAGGGCCCCGUCCACGAACUUGUGCGCACAGCCAACACUCUCUUCUCGGGCGUCCAAACUGUCCACGAGAACAAGCACACAUGGAAGCUGCUGGCCAACCUGUCCCUCGGCAUUCUCAAGGGCCUCAUCCAGUACCAGGGGAGCGACAGCACCUUUCCCCAGAAAGUCACUCGUCUGGCCUGGAUCCACAACCAAGUCCAGCAGCUCUCCACAAUCGAAAUCGACGGCUGUCUGGCUGUCGAGCGGAUAUUCAAGGCAAAGAGCGUGCGGGUACGACUCGAGAAGCUCUUCCAGGAAUUGGAUACGCUCUGGCAAACCACGGCCCUGGCCCUCGAGAUCAGCGACGCCAAGCUGGCGACUCCUGAGCAGCUCUCACAGGCUCUCCACGAAGACGAGGCGUCGGAACGGGCCCGCAUUAGCGAAAUCAGAGACCUCGUUGGCAACAAAUCCAUCAGCGUCUUUGACGAGGUCGACAUCCAGAUCCAUAGUGCCCAGGACUGGCAGAUUCGCAAGGCAACGGACGCCCUGUGCAAUCUCGCCAACGAGGACUGUGCCGUCGACAAUGCCACCGAGGAGGUGGUCGGGCCCCUUCUGAGUCUGCUCAAGGAACACUCCAUAGCCGCUCGGUCGAUGCAGCACGAGGAAUGGCGAGUCUCGAGUCGACAGAUUGUCCGAUGGUCCCGAGACCCCAUCGCCAGCGGCGGCUUUGGCAGCGUCUAUACGGCCCUAUACUACGGCUCGGAAGUUGCCAUCAAGCAGCUCUAUGGCGCCUACGACGAAAACAGCAUUGCCGAGUUUCGACGGGAAAUCAAGAUAUGGCACAAGCUGAACCACCCAAACAUCCUGAUUCUGCUCGGCGCAUGCGAUACCGUCAUGAAGCCCUUCAUGAUCUCGCCGCUGAUGAGGCAAGGCACCCUGCGCGACCAUGUCAUGAAUCCGACACGGCCGGUUCCUGUCGAGGAAAGGAUCCAUCUCAUGUACGGCGUGGCUUCCGGAAUGUCGUACCUCCAUGGCAAGCAGAUCAUCCACGGAGACCUCAAGCCGCUCAAUAUUCUCCUGGACUCGAACCUCCGAGCCGUGAUUUCGGACUUUGGAAUGGCCUACACCAAGCGCACCUCUAGCUCUCUGCGCAGGGUGCGGUCGGGCCAGGCUGCCACCGGGGGCACCCAAGGGUAUAUGGCUCCCGAAAUGCACGGAAUCGGCGUUGACAUACCUUCUGCGUCCACAAAGAAGACCGAUGUCUAUGCGUUCGGCAUCACCCUCUACGAGGUGAUGAAGGGCGGCCCGGCCUGGGUCACCGGGAACAACACGGCGUUGCUCCUCGACCAGAUUCUGUCCCUGCUCACAUUGGGCCGCAGGCCAGCAAAGCUCGACUCGACUUCAGGGGAGAUCUGGGGUCUCAUAGAGCAGUGCUGGAGCCAGAACCAGCUGCAUCGACCAGUCUUCCCCGACAUUAAGUACCUCUCCAGCCCCAAGCCACUGCCUCGGCCAGAUCCAGACCAACCUGCUCUCCAGGGUCGGACCAGUCUGACCAGUCUGCUCAACCUUCCCGGCAAGUUGCUCGUCCUCCUCGGCCCACGAUCGUUUCUCCCCCUGCAACGACUCGAGCGUCAGAUCGCCAACCAUGUUCUGGACCAAGAUCUCGCAGUCAACCACCAGUACUGGAAAGUUGUCGCCCAGAUCCACCAGCGUCUGGGUGGCUGCAACGACCACCACUCCCGCUUCCAUCUGGGCUGGAUGUGCUUGAUCGGCGCAGGCGUGCCCAGAGACAGCACCAAAGCAUUCCAGCAUUGGCUGGCGGCCAACACCAAGUCCAAGGACGCCAACAUCAAGUCCGUCACGGGAAUGCUGCUCAAAUGGUGCUAUAUCGCUGGCCAGGGCACCGAGCAGAGCUGGGAAAGGGGCUACCGAUACUGGUACACCCACAACGAUGUCCGAGGCGCCACCCCCGUCCACAACCAGUUCUUCCAAUGGUGCUACCUCGGCAGCUUCUCGAACCGGUUUUGCAAGUUUAUGCUCGCGCAGAGUUACUUGCACGGAAUCAGGUCCUUUCCAAACCUGGAGGCCGCUGUUGGCUUGCUCACCAGUCUCAUCGAGGAGGAAAACUACGAAUUUGCGUUCAUCGAGCUGGCCCGCUGCUACUACAGCGGACUCGGCGUCGCCAAGGAUCACGAUGUGGCGGCGUACCUGUACUAUCAGGCAGCGGAGCUUGGCAAUGCCUGGGGUCAGUUCAAGUUUGGCCAGUGCUUGGCCGAUGGAAUUGGCGUCAGCCAAGAUAUCGACCAGGCGGCAGUGUGGAUGCUCAAGGCUGUCGAGCAAGGCCAUCCUGAGGCCAUUCGCUGGGCCGAGACUUCAAUUCAGUAG